CUUACUCCCACGCUGCUUGUUGCAGAGACAGAGGAUCCAGUCACUCGUCUUGUUUAUGAAAGCCUGCACCUUGCAAGAAACAUGUCCUGCAACAAGACGCAGGCCAUGGUGGUCAUAUCCACAGAAGAGGAAUGGUCCUCCCUGGUGUGUUUGCUGGAAGAAAAUGUUGCAGAUAAAGAGGAACAAUUAAGUCCUGAGGGACAUGUCUAUAACUUGGUGCUGGAUGACUGCUUGAUCAGCCUGCACUAUGCAGAUGUAAAACCAGACAUGACACAGGAGAACAUCAGCCAGGUGAUGAACGCUUGCUUCACAUCGUGCAAAGAUGGAAUAAACACAUUCCUGCUGUUGGUCCCAGGUGGGCAUUACACAACAAAACAAAUGCGACUGUUGGAGAUACUGCAGGCACACUUUGGAACCGAGGCCUUCAAGUACCUGGUGGUUGUCUCUCUGGAGGACGGCAAAGUGGUGACCAUGCUGGACGACACCCUACUAGAGCUAAUCAACACAUGCGAUGGACGCUACUGCAGAAUGACCUCACCCUCUGCCAGGGACAAAGUGAACGCGCUGGUCAGCAUGGUGGACUACAUGCUGGCCGAGAGCGGUUCCACGGGCUACAGCCAAAGCAUGCUGGCCGACGCCAAGAAGCGCAGCACAGAGGACACGGCCAUGCGCAUGCUGAGGCAGAAGGUGCAGGAAGCUGAGGAGAAGGUGCAGGCCUUCCAGCAGAUGGUCGCCCAGAGAGAGGAGAGGAGAGCCAAAGAGGUGGAGGAGCUGAGGGAGAAGCACGACGAGGAAAGACGCAACGAGGCUGCAGAAAGGAGGCAGUAUGAGGCAAAGAAGGAGAGCCUGGAGGAGGCUGUGGUCAGCCAUAAAGCCAUACUGCACUUCCAGAUGAGGCCAGAGGAUGAGGAUGACACAGACAAGAUGUCCGUGGUCCUGCUGGGUCUGUCAGGCAGUGGCAAGACAUCAGCUCUUCGUCUCAUCUUGCAACGAGCAGGUAAUCAGUACCCUUUCACUGGGUGCACUGACGAGGACCCCCAGCCCACCGUAGUCUGUGAGAGGAGGGAGGUUUGCACGGGGGGGAAGAGGCUUAUCCUAGUGGACACCCCCGAGCUGUGGGACGAGGACGGCGUGGUGAACCUGGAGCAGGUGAAAGACUGCCUGGCUCUAGCGCUGCCAGGACCCCACAUCUACCUGCUGGUACUCCAGGUGGGCCGCUUCACUCAGGGCGAGAGCGAAAUGCUAACCCAACUGCAGAAGAUCUUUGGGAGGGAUGCCGUCGAGCACUCCAUGGUGCUGUUUGUGCAUAUGAAUCAAGGCCCGCAGAGGUCUCAGAGGAUUCACAACUAUGUGGCGGGGGCCCACACCAUGCUGCAUGAGCUCACCCGGAGGUGCGGCAGCCGCUACUACGAGCUGAGCCUGGCCAAGACCCACAAUGGUAUGAGCUACCCUCAGGUCAGACAGCUGCUGUCAGGCAUCAACAAGCUAGUGGCAUCCCACGGAGGACGAGCACAUGUGGUGAAGAGGUUCACUGCUCAGGAGCUCCAGGAAAGGAAGAAAAUUACUGAGGACGUGAAGGACAGAGCCUGGGAGGCCAACUUCCUGCUUAAAGAUGCUUAAGUGCCUAUCAUCCAUGAUGUGCUUUUCACUGCACAAUGCUGUAUCUUAUUGGGUUUGCUUAUAUUUUACCAGGGUGUCCAAAGUCUUUCCUUCGAGGGCCGCUGACAGAAAAACGAAGAAUAUCAGGGGCCACUUUGACAAGUCUCCAUUUGUUUCGUAAAACACAAAAAUCUAUUAAAAGUAGUUGAAGACGUGCAAAACAAUUCAAUAUCAUGAACGUCAAAAGACCUAGAUCUUAAUGUUGUAUGAUAGCUUCUUAUCUGAUAGCAUUGAACAUUUCAACAUCUGGCAACCUUUUAUGCAGUGCAUCCCCACAUAUUAUUCACGAUUCAGCAUUCACAACCCAGCAAAUUCAUCGGGUUGCUUAUUAGUAGAAAAGCCAUCUUGUUUGCCCUACAGUACACAGGUAAAGCCUGAGUUGUACCGGAAGUAGUAAGAGGGACACUUCAACUUGCUUGAGGAGGUUUUCUUUAUUUGCAUUGAAUUCGCUUUAUACUUACACUCUUACUCACACACCAAAAACCAACAGGAGCUUAUCAACCCAAACGCCUCAGUCACUCACGGUACAUCCAAAAUAACACAACAAGUAACACAAAUGGAAGCCCACACACACUCUUCCCCAACAGGAAGUUACCAAGCAUGACUUGUGGGUUUUGUUUUGCGUGUAUAUUAUUAGUCUGUAAAUGUGUAUUUCGAUACCCGCAUAGUUCGUGUGGUGCAGUUACAGUAUGUAUUUCACAUGUGCUACUUGUUAUUUAAAUGUAGGGCACAAUCAAAGACGUGAUAAUAUGUAGUACUCUACACUGAUCACUAGGUCUCAGGAGUGUUUGAUGAGACACAACAGGCUUCUAUUGUAGGCUUGAAUUAUCCUACAACAGGCACAUUAAUCUUGAAUAAAAAUCCCUAAUAAAAACACAGGCACCUGUUGCAGCCAUAACACGCACCAAGCUAAAACUCAACUCUGUUCCCCCAACAACACUUUCUGUCCGUCCCGCCACUCAGUUCUCCUCUGGAUCACAUUUGUAGCAACACAAACAAGCAAGAGUCUUAUUUAUGUUGUUACUAUGUCUACUAUAUUGGAUAAUGCAAGUGUAAAGGUGACUAUGGGGUUGUUAUUUUAUGUCUACAUGGCUCUAAUAAUGAAAAAAAACAGAUUUGGAGGGUUUUCUAUGAUUAAAUUCAAUUUAUAAAUAAGAAAUCCAACUUUGUGGAAAUUCACUUAACAUGGAACCAAUUAACUGCGAUAAACAAGGGAUUACUGUAUAGGUUUAGUGCUGUAUUUGAAGAUAAAAGUGACAAGCAGAUGUGACAGUCAUAUGACCUUAUGAGCAUCAGGAAAUGUCCCUGAGGUGCUCCUUAAGCGUCGCUCUGAAGGCCCAUGAUGCCGUCGAUCCACUGAGUGUAGUGUGAGAUGAUGGUGUAGAUCCCCGGCUUCUUUAGUUGGCCGCACUUCUUCCCUCCGUUGGACGUGAUGCCCACCGCCACGCCGUUGUAGAGCAGUGGACCGCCAGAGUCUCCCUAAAAGAGAAAGACAUGUUUAAUAUUGUGGUUGUGAUUCAGGGACGGGCAUGACGAAUUGUUUUAAUGAUAUGUACUGUAAUUAAGAAUUGUGUCAAUCCUGUGUUAUUAGACUGAUCUAUUGUUCGUACUGUAUUAACAACGUUAAAGGAGGCAAUCUGGAUUCCACCACUUUGGCAGCAACCAGCAGAGGAUACAAUCAAGCCCAACUAGUGUGGUGCCUGAACGGGACGCAUAACAGGAAGAAUUCUUUUUUUUAACUAAAUAAUAAUUGGAAAUAUUGCAAUACAACACAACCUGACGGCAGGUGAAUGGAAUGAGGUUCCUCAGGGUGGCUAAGUUACUUUGUUUUGCUGCUGGACUGAUUUUCAAUUCAUGUUGACAUAUUUAUCUCCAACAAUCAGCUGCUUUUCUUAUGAAUGUGAUGAUGCCUCCGACUCUGCAGCCUUUACUGUUCCUCUGUCGUCCUUUUUAAAUUUGUCCCAUUUGUUUAAACAAGGCAGUUAAUAUUUGAGAGACUGUGAUGUAUUUCUUCUCAAAAUAAAGAUUUGAUCCUGGAAAAAAUACAUUCUUUCAUCUGUUCCUGCUACAAUAUGUGUAAGCAAUAAUGGAUGGUUGGCGAUAGCAUCCUUGCUGUGAAACACGAACUUUUACAAAAAGUAAAAUCGGUAGUGCUUUAUUACUCAUAAUAUCGGCCCGAUACUGGCAUAAAAAUGUAAUAUCAGUCAAUAUCGGUAUCUGUUUUUUUUUUCAUAAUGAAGCUGAUAAUGAACAUAAUGCUGUAUAUAGGCCCAUGGGCUCCGGUAUUUGCCAGUGC